AUGGAUUUGGCUCUCCCUACAGCCCGCAGGCGCUGCGGCUGCGAUGCGAAAACACCAAAAGACUCGGGAAUCCCAACAGGCAGCCCCGUGCUGGCCAGCCCCAAAAAGCUGAGCCUGCGAAUCCUUCAGGAUUUCAGCGGCAGCAACGGCUCCUUGGAGAAGAGCUCCCAGUUGCAGGGAAGGAGGUCGCAAGCAAGGGCUGGAGAGCUGUUGGAUCAGCGCCGGAACAGAGAGGGGAACAUGGGGCAGAAGGAGGGAUCAAAGCUGGCGGCGCUCUUUGAGCAUCCUCUUUACAACAUCCCCCUUCCAGAGGUGACAGAGAAAGACAAGCUGUUUGUCGUCAACCCCACAGAGAAGUUCAGCCUGCGCAGCAGCGGGAGUGAUGAAUGGGUCAGCAGCAGUAAAGCCGAGACGCUCCUUCCGACAGGGAAGACGGCCUACGACACCUACCCCUCCUGGCUCAAAUUCCACGUCGGCAUCAACCGCUAUGAGCUGUACCCCCGCCGGGACCCCCUGAUGCCCACCCUCCUCCAGGACUUGGCUAUGAAGAAGAUCGUCACCUCGGUUCAGAAGUCCGGUGGAACCCAGCUCAAGCUCAUCAUGACGUUCUCAAACUACGGGCAGGCCCUCUUCAAGCCCAUGAAGCAGACCCGGGACCAAGAGACCCCCGUGGACUUCUUCUACUUCUCAGACUAUGAGCGGCACAACGCAGAGAUUGCAGCCUUCCACCUGGACAGGAUCUUGGAUUUCCGUCGAAUCCCCCCAGUUUCUGGCCGUUUGGUCAAUAUAACGAAGGAGAUUCGUGACAUCACCACAGACAAGAAACUGGCCAAGACUUUUUUCAUCUCCCCAGGGGGCAAUGUCUGCUUCUAUGGGGAGUGCUCAUACUACUGCUCCACUGAACACGCCCUCUGUGGCAAGCCAGACCAGUUGGAGGGCUCCAUGGCCGCCCUGCUGCCCGACAAGACCUUAGCCAAGCGUCGCUCCUGGCGCAGUCCCUGGCGCCGCUCCUACCACAAGAGCAAGAAGGCUGAGUGGGAGCUGACCCCCAACUACUGCAGUCAGGUGCGAGAGACACCGCCUUACGACAGGGGCCAUCGCCUCCUCGACCUCAUCGAUAUGACGAUCCUCGAUUUCCUUAUGGGCAACAUGGACCGGCACCACUACGAGACCUUUGAGAAAUUUGGGAAUGACACUUUCCUGCUCCACCUGGACAACGGCCGCGGUUUCGGCACACACUCGCGUGACGAACCAUCC